AUGGAAAGACUGGUGUCAGAGGAUGGGAUUGAACUGGUUUGCACUCACGAUGGACUAAACUAUGGUGAUUUUGACAGAAAAGGUGUAUAUUCAAUAUGGAAUCUUCUACGUUUAUUUGAAACACUGAGAGUUUUGGCUGAUAAAAAUCUACCAUGUGAAUUUGCUGUUCAAGCGAAGUCCUCGAACAUGCAAGUUGUCAGAAGUAACAAAGUUAACAUACAUCCGGGAUACUACACCUCAAUUGGAUUGUUCUCCACGGCAGUGACAGUAUCAGUUAAAGUUAUACACAUUGGUAAAUCAUCUAUAUAUUACUACCAAGAAUUACGACUGAAAACUACAGGCACGUUACUUGCUUCUAUCAUCGUUCAAGACGUAUGUAUUAGUCGUGAAUCCCGACGACCGACAUCUUUACCGAACCGGCUCUCACAGACUCAUCCGAAAGCUUCUGAGAGUGCCCGACCUAUUCUACACAAGUUUGAUAAUCAAACGACUGGAAAUGUUGUUUUUGAAUAUUCACUGUCAGUAACGCAUAGUGAUAUGGACUCGUUUGACCAUACUAAUAAUACUGUGUACAUCAGAUAUUGCAUGAAUGCUGCAGGAUUGGCUGUCAUGUAUACCAAGACGCCGGGAUUCACCAAUGAUAUAGCUGAUUACAAAAUCAAGGGAUUAGAUAUACAGUAUUAUGGGGAGUCGCAUGCUGGUGACAAGUUAACUGUUCGCGUGAUGAUGGAUGAACACAAGAAAAAUGUUAUGCAUUUCACAAUUUCGAGUGACGCGAGAAGCCCUUUAACAAAGUGUCAGACAACACCGAAACCGACACCAGGCACUUCAUGUGUUGGUAAUUGUAGAGGCUGUAAUUCGUUUGGCUGUUGUUGUGAUAAUGCAUGCCUAGAUCUCGGUGACUGCUGCGACGACUUUCUAGAGGUGUGCCCACCUGGUUGUGGGGACAACACACCGACGAUACCAAAUGGCGGAAGUAUUGAUGUAUUCACACCGAAUUAUCCCAGUAAUUACCCUAGCAAUUCAGAUUGUGAAUGGAUACUGAGAACACAGGACGGAACGAGAGUCUUCGUGGAGCAUGUCGACUUCAACACUGAGGAAAAUUUUGAUGUCUACUCCGCUGGAAAUGGAGAUACGCCGAGUCUAGCGACCAGUGUUAUAUGGCAACACUCUGGCGCCAACCCACCCCCUGACUUUCUAUCUGAUGGUGGGACUGCCUGGAUAACUUUUACAUCAGACCUUAUUAUACAAAGAAGAGGAUUCCACGUUGUAGCUCAUGAUUCUGGCCAUGGUACCUGUAGCGGAUUUUGUGGCCUUUAUAAUGAUCAACAUAACUGCAGUUGUACUGACACCUGUGUUAUUGACGACGAUUGCUGCUCUGACUAUUUUGAUAUAUGCGGUGGGGAUUGCAAUGAGGAUAUACAAAUACCGACCAACGGAAACGUAAUUAUCACUACUCCCAAUUAUCCUUCUAACUACCCUGACUACUCAAGAUGCCAAUGGAUUGUUGAUACUGCCCAGGGAACUCGAAUAAACGUCACCUUCAAUGACUUCAAUACCCAAGAAGGUGCAGAUUAUUUAUUUGCUGGACAUGGAUCGGACCCAUCGCAGGCAACCAGUGAAAUAUGGGCUCAUUCUGGUUCACAAUUACCUCCAAAUUACGUCAGCGACCAUGAAAAAGUGUGGCUGCAAUUCACGUCUGAUGGUUCUAUUACAGAUACGGGAUUCCAAGCUACGCUAUGGGAUAGAGGUACAUCGUCGUGCAAUGGUGAAUGCGAAACAUACAGCUCAGAUGGUUGCAGCUGUUUCUCAAAGUGUGCAUACGAUUUCAAUUGUUGUGAUGACUUUUACGCAACAUGUUCAAAUGGCUGCAAUUUUGAUUACAGUGUUCCUGUUGAAGGGAGUGUUGUCGCGACGAGUCCUAACUACCCAUCCGACUACCCACCAGACGCCAAUUGCCAAUGGAUAUUCACUGCUAACGUUGGAGGGAGACUCAAUGUCUCAUUUGAUGAUUUCUUGACCGAAGCCUGCUGUGACCAAGUAUGGGCCGGUGAGGGCGACACUCCAAGUGCCGACACAACUAUUAUCGCCGGACAUGGCGGUUCGGAAUUACCACCUAGUUUCCUUACAACCGGCAGCUCAGCGUGGAUGAGGUUUUACUCGGAUUCCAGUGUUCAGAUGAGAGGUUUUCAGGCAACAGUUUCGUAUGUAUAUGGAUCUUGUGAUGGAAAUUGUGACAGCCUUGUGGCAGGAUGUAGCUGCUAUUCCGACUGUUUGUAUGAUUUUGACUGUUGUCCUGAUUAUCACGAAGUCUGCGCAUUUUGUGACGUAAAAAUCAGCGUACCGGUGGGUGGCAGUGUAGAUGUCACGUCCCUGGAAUAUCCAGAUGAUUAUCUAAACGACAACCAAUGCCAGUGGAUAUUAACAGCUGAAGAUGACGCAAGACUUUUUGUUCAGUAUAUCGACUUCGCUACCGAGACAUGUUGUGAUUUUUACUUCAGUGGCAACACUGAUCAGCCCAGUAGUGAUAAUGCUGUCAUCGUAGCACAUUCUGGUGAUAGCUUGCCACCAAAUUUUAUGUCAACGGACCCUUCUGUUUGGAUGCGAUCCGCUAGCGAUUGGAGCAUCACAGAUAGAGGUUUCCACGCGAGGGUCUAUCACACAACCGCGUUCUGUGGUGGACAAUGCGAGUUCAUGGCUGAAGGAUGUAGUUGUUAUUCAGAUUGCAUAUAUAACGAUAAUUGCUGUAUAGAUUACUUUGAAUCCUGUGCAGCUGAUUGUACUUUUUCGUACUUCCUAUCGGCUGGUGAAAGUAUAGACAUAAUGUCCCCAAACUAUCCGAGCAAUUACAACAACAACGACCAAUGCAAAUGGGUGGUUAACACAGCAGAUCGUACCGAACUUCGCGUAGAAUAUAUUGAUUUUGACACUGAAGCUGGCUCUGACUUUUACUCCGCGGGUCAUGGCACUAUGCCAAGUCAAGCAACUAGUGAAGUAUGGACACAUUCCGGUUCGGUAGCACCUAAUGAUUUCUACUCAGCAACUGAUUUGAACGGUGUAUGGAUGACGUUUACAUCUGAUAGUAUUAAUACAACCCGUGGGUUCCAUGCAGUUGUCACGCAUACUGUUGACUGUAGUGAGACUGCAGUUAUACCCACCGCUGGUAAGGUAGAUGUGAUGUCACCAAAUUAUCCUCAAGAUUAUCCCGACAACGCUUUGUGUCAAUGGCUGACUACGAAUGAAGACGGUAACGAUAUCAUGGUACAGUUUGUAGACUUUGAUACUGAGGAAGGCUAUGAUUACUUCUUCUCUGGUAAUGGUAAUGAUCCCAGUCAGAACAGCAGUGUUAUAUGGGCACACUCUGGAAGUGUGCUACCGAGUAAUUACCGUUCAUCGGGAGACACUGUGUGGAUUCGAUUCGUAUCUGACAACAGCGUCAGCAGAUCAGGUUUCCAUGUGUCACUUUCUGAUGCAGUUGCCGAAGCUUGUAAUUUUCCUUACUUUAUGAUACAUGGGCCGGCCAUCGAUGAUAUAUACGGAGAUUGUAGAAACAGUGAUCGACACAACGAUGCUGAGGACAUUGAAGAUGUUUGCGCCCUCGCAAAGCAGCAAAUGUGGUAUUGUCGAUGCGUCGAUCCUCAGAUAAAGGCUUGCAUGGCAUUAUUUCACAGCCAAGCCACUAUUGACACAGAAUGUGCUAACGCUGCGGACGUCUCUGACAAUUUUGUAUGUCCAUAG